AUGACUAAAGACCGUUCUCUCUUCAAGGUUUUCGAGUUUAAGAAAGGUGGAAAUGUCACUUUCGAUGAUGGGAUCAAAUCACAAAUAAAGGGGAAGGGAACCAUCUCUCUACCUGGACUGCUAGACAUUACAAAUGUGUUGUAUGUAGAGGGUCUGAGAGUGAACUUGUUGAGCAUAAGUCAGAUAUGUGAUCAAGACUUCAUGGUCCUAUUCUCAAAAGGAAAAUACCUUGUGUUGAAUGAGUCUAGGAAGAAACUCAUAAGCGGAGUCCGCACCCUGGAUAAUUGCUAUGGAUUGGAACUUGAUGUUGAUAUUGUGUACAAACAUCUGUCAAUUGUAUCUAAGCAUGAAUCAGUGUUGGGAAUACCAAAGCUCAGUAGGGAUAGAGAGAAUGUGGAAAAGUUUGACUCCCGAAGCAAUGAAGGAAUAUUUUUGAGAUACUCCUCCACAAGCAAAGCUUAUCGGGUGUACAACAAAAGAACCAAGAAGGUGAUGGAAACUGUCAAUAUUGUUAUUGAUGAAGCUUCAGACUUUGGUUCUGAGAAAAGCAGUGAGGACAUACCUAUGGAAAUUCUUCCUUCAGAGCCUAAGGUUGUUCAAGAAAAAGUUAAUCAAGAGCCUGUUUCUCCAAGUACUCCAAGUGUUGUAGAAGUCUCAGUAGAUAUUCCUACAUCACCUGAGUCUGAAUCUCAUGAAGAGAAAGGACCUUCCUCAAGGAUCAAGCUGAAUCACACUCUUGAAGUUAUUGUUAAACCCAUCAAGGUUGAGGAUGCUCUUGAGGAUGAAAGCUGGGUUAAGGCCAUGCAUGAUGAACUGCUCUAG